UCUUAAAUUUCCCGCCGAAUUGGCGUUGCCAUGGAAACCAAACUGGCGCCAUCGGGUAAAUUUUGAAGUUUUGUCAAUAUUUCCGAAAACGCGAAAUAAAUAAUUAACAAAAAUGGCAAAAGCAACGACAAUUAAAGAUGCUAUUAAAAGGUGGGAGGAGAGACAUCCCGAUGAACAAAUUUCUGAAGCUAAAGAGGUGGGAUUUCAGUUUCAGUGGCCUCCGAUAGAAAAGAUGGACAACUCUUUGGCAGCCUUAACGAAUUGCACUAAGUUGAGUUUGUCGACGAAUAUGAUCGAAAAAAUUGCAGGAAUAAGUUCAUUGAAGAGCCUUAAAAUCCUGUCUUUAAGCAGAAACUACAUAAAAUCAUUUUCUGGUCUGGAGGGUUUAUCAGACUGUUUAGAGCAACUGUGGAUCUCAUACAAUUUUAUAGAAAAAGUAAAAGGCGUACAAGUACUAAAAAAACUUAAAGUACUGUACAUCAGCAAUAAUGUGAUAAAAGAAUGGGCGGAAUUCAUGAAAUUCAACGAGUUACCGCUCUUGGAAGACCUACUUUUUGUUGGAAAUCCUUUAUAUGAUAAUUUGGAAGAAUCAGUUUGGAAGUCAGAGGCUGCAAGAAGACUGCCAAAUCUGAAAAAACUAGACGGAGAGCCUGUAUUAAGAGACGUUUAACCCUGAUAGAUAUUUAUUUGUAAAAUUAACAUUUUAUGUAUUACAUAUCAAGAGUAGUUUUCUGUUUUCAUGUCGUUUAACCCCAAUUCUUCAUUUUGCUCGUGAUUUCUUUCAAAUCUGGAUAUUCUCAUGCCUUCAUCAGGUUUAUCAUCGUCUCU